AUGCCCGGAGCCUCUCGCCUUGCCACCAGCCUCUGGGUGCUGUUCCUGCAGUCUCACCUGUCCGGUGUGGUUGACCUGCGACCCCACGGCCCCCAAGACACCCACCCGCAACUGGAGGCUGUCAAACAAAGCAUCCUGGAGCGGCUUGAGAUGGAGAAACCUCCCAGCGUCCGAGGGGCUUUGGGUCAAGGUGAGCUGCAAGAGGCUCACCUGGUCUACCGGGAGAUGCUGGCACAACUCAGAGCGAACCAGACCUUGCCACCAGCAGCAAAAACUGUUCAUACCUUGAGAGCGAAAGGUAAGCUUCAUUGCAUCCAUAAAGCUUUUUACACAAAAUUUGACAUCCUUCAGUUCACUUUCAAUCUCAUAAUUCCUUACGUUUCGAUUUCCCAGCUGUGAUGCUCCUAUUGUAUUCCUUUACAAGCUGCCGUAACUGCCAUUUAUUUUAUACUGCAUUGUGACUUAUAUUACUGUCAUCUAUUUAUUCUCCUUCCCUAGCCUGCUAUUCGAAUCCUGAUCGUGGUUUCAUUUGACUGUCGUUUUUUCUCUCUCUCUCUUUCUUUUUAAUAAUAUUUUUAUUAAAUUUUGCAAAAUUUACACAGAAAAUUCCAAAUGCAUUUAAAAAAGAGAUUUCUUUUCUAUUUUCGGCUUCCGAGACGUUUUCCUUAUCCCUCUCCAAUUUUGCUGCAUCUUCACUCUCUUUUAAAAAAUCAUAAUCGUAACACAAUAGCCUCUCAUUCUUUCUGCUGCUCAUAGCUCAAAACCUGGUCGCAGAUUCUUCCUGAUGUAAUUUUUCUUCAAAUAAUCUGAAAAGGACUUCUGUUCUUCAAAAAAAUUAGAUUUUCUGUUAGAUUUUCUGUGCAGACUGUGUUCUUGCUAGUCAAAUCAAAAGUUAAGAUUGCAAUGGAAAUGCUUUGAAGAUUAUAUAAACACUGUUCACAAAAUAAUAUGUUGAUAUGUAUAGAUUAAGACUAUAGAAUGUAUAAGAAGAAUGAUGUGCAAAUGGAAUAUGAAAGAAAAUCAGAUAAGAAAUGCAAUGCAAUGAUUUAACAUAAUAGAAAACAGAAAUUGGGGUGUGGUGGAGGGGAGCGAAGCAUGGGUGGUGGGAAUGUAAUUUCAUCUGCCGUAUUUUUCGCUCUAUAAGACGCACCAGACCACAAGACGCACCUAUUUUUUGGAGGAGGAAAACAAGGAAAAAAUAUUCUGAAUCUCAGAAGCCAGAACAGCAAGAGGGAUCGCUGCGCAGUGAAAGCAGCAAUCCCUCUUGCUGUUCUGGCUUCUGGGAUAGCUGCGCAGCCUGCAUUCGCUCCAUAAGACGCACACCCUUUCCCCCUUACUUUUAAGGAGGGGAAAAGGUGAGUCUUAUAGAGCAAAAAAUACGGCAUAUUAUUUUUUGUGGUUUUCUUUUGUAGAGUGUUUCUUUUAUAUCUUUGUGUUUUGUAUCUUUGUGUAUUAUUGUAUUGUGUGUAUCAGAAAUUAAUAAUAACAAAAAGAUUUUGUUCUUGCUAAUAAAGAGUUAACAUCGCCUACUCUGUGUGAUUUAUUGCUGGCUCGCUCCUGACAUCUUCCUCUCUUCAUUCUCUCCACAGUUAAGCUUCUGGGCCAUGGAUUGGCUGCAGGUCCAGGGGUCAACAGCGACCCACUCAGGCCCCUAUACAGCCUGGAAGUCUCCAGGACAGCAGCACUCAGCCGGGACCUCCACGUCUUUCGGGCUGAGCUGUCUCUGUCCAAGAAGUUAUCGGACGUCCCCAGCAUCUCCCAGCUCAACUCGACCAGGUUGGCUCGCGUCAACAUCUACAGACUGGCCGGUGGGGAUCGAGAAACCUCCACGCUCCUGGCCUCCCAGGUGGUCUCGAGGACCACACCCGUCCUCAGCCUCAGAGACGCCGUGGGGCAGUGGCUAGCUGGGCCCAACCCGAGGCUCCAUUUGGGCCUGGAGUUUCCCACGGAUGAGGCUGCCUCCGUCCUGGAAGGGAGAGAGUGGCUCCCCUUGGAGGUCGAGACGCAGGAGCUCAGGCGUAUCCGGAAGCGGAGGCAGCUGGACGAGGAGUGCGGCAAAGGCGACACCAAAUGCUGCCUCCGCUCGCUCAAGGUUUCCUUUGCUGACAUCGGGUGGUCCGACUGGGUGCUGGCACCCAGCAGCUACUCCAUGAGGUUCUGCGAGGGUUCGUGCCCCCACAACUACAAGCCGGCCAGUAUGCAUGCCCAGAUCAAGGCCAGACUCCAUAGCCUGUCCGGGGAGACGCCAGCCCCCUGCUGCGUCCCCGCCGCCUACGAACCCAUGGUCCUCAUGCACUACGCCAGCGAUGGGAAGGUGGUCACGCAGCUCUUCGACGACAUGAUCGUCACACGUUGCCAUUGUGCAUAG